CUUCUUCCACUAUUUAUCCAUCUCCCCUGCUUGUCCAUGCUUCUAGUACAGCAACUUUGAUUAAUUAGCCCCAUUCUUCUUCUUAGGCUCUUGCUUCUUCCAAUCAUGGUUUCUGUAGAAGUUGCUCGGACCAUCAUUGGCAUCUUAGGCAACAUUACUUCUCUGAUCUUGUUCUUGUCACCAGUGCCAACUUUCAUUCAAAUAUGGAAGAAAGGGUCGGUUGAGCAGUUCUCACCAGCACCAUACUUAGCCACUCUUCUGAAUUGUAUGAUUUGGUUGGUGUAUGGGCUGCCACUGGUGCAUCCUCAUAGUAUGCUAUUGAUAACCAUUAAUGGAUCUGGGUUUCUGAUAGAACUCACAUUUGUGCUUCUCUUCCUCUUCUACUCUGAUGGGAGAAAGAGAUUCAGAGUGCUUGUAAUGUUGCUGGUAGAGUUUGCAUUUGUUGCAUUGGUGGCCAUUCUUGUCCUGACUCUGGCACACACAGUUGCCUACCGCUCUCUUGUAGUUGGAAGUGUUUGUGUCUUCUUUGGGACUUUGAUGUAUGCAGCACCCUUAGCAGUCAUGAAACUGGUGAUCACCACGAGAAGCGUAGAGUACAUGCCAUUCUUUCUUUCCCUUGCCUCCUUUGUCAACGGCAUUUGCUGGACUGGUUAUGCUGUCAUCCAUUUCGACCUCUUUAUCACAAUUACUAACAGUCUAGGAACUCUAUUUGGGCUGGUGCAACUGUUAUUGUAUGCCAAGUUCUAUAAAUCCACGCAGAGACAGAUGGAGGAGAGGAAGUUGCAGGGCAAAAGUGACAUAGGGCUGCCAAAUGUGGUUCUUAUCCAAGACUCCAAGAAGAUGCUCAUCAAUCCAACUCUUCAGAAUGGUAAUCUAGUUUCUGAGAUACCUGGGCCAUGAUCAUAACAUUUUAUUCACACUACCACAACACAAAUAUACCCCAAACCAAUAUUAUUAGGGUCACUAAUCCCAGAGAGUGUU